GGAAAAAUAAUAAUAAUUAAAAAUAACAAUAAAUAGUUAAACAAAAAAACAUAUAAAACCCAAUAAUAUACACAAAACUUCAAAAUUUUUUUAACCUUUUUUAAAUAAUAAAAAGUUAUGAAUUACAACAGUUCCUCAAAUAGUUUAGAUAAACAAGAUAUUUCAGAUAACACCAACAAUAUUAACACUAAUAAUAAUAAUAGUAAUAAUAACAAUAACAAUAACGAUUCUUUAAAUCAUAGUCAUAGAAAUAAAAGCACUAAUAGUUUAACACACUCUGGUGCUCAUAUUCCUAAACAAACAUCAUUCCAAGAUUUUAAUCAAGCCCACUAUAAUGGUAUUAACCCAUUCUCAGACACAAAUUCAUAUAAUAAUGGAGCAAGUGGAAGCGGCGGCAAUCCACUUUCAAAAAGUGGAAACUCACUUAGAAAAAGUAGAUCCGAUCUCCAUCAAGAAAUUGAAUUGGGCUCCUCUCAUUCCAACUUAAAGAAGAGUAGAUCAAUGGAAAGUGUUGAUGUUAUCACUGAGCCACAAAUCCCGCUCUACUACUCUAUGGUUAAAGAAAAAGAGAGACAAAGAGAGGUAAAACUUAGAAAGAGAAUCAAAAACAAAUUUAAAAGAAAUAAAAAUCAAACUACUGCUACAACCUCAAUUCCAGAUGCCACUUCUGUUGAAAUUGAACCAACUUCUGCUGAAGAUUUAGAAAAGAAAAAAAAACAAAAAGAUUUAGCGACUCAAACUUCUGAUGAAUUAACUCAUGAUCAUCAAAUUCCACUUGAAGAAUUAGAGGUUAAAUUAAAAACAAGUAUCAAUUUUAAUGAUCCAAAACACAGUCAAGGUUUAACAAGACAAUUUGCAGCCGAAAGAUUAGAGACUGAUGGUAAAAAUGCAUUAACACCACAAAAACCGGUACCAAAAUGGAUAAAGUAUUUGAAAGAAUUUUUAGGUCUUUUCCCAUUGAUGCUUGAGGUUGGUGGUAUCUUAUCAAUUAUUGCAUAUGCUAUUGAUACAAGUAAAGGUGAAGAUAAUUUAUAUUUAGGUAUUAUUUUAUGGAUUGUUGUAUUUUUAACAUGUACUUUUUCAUAUAUUCAAAAUUCAAAAUCAUCUGGUGUUAUGGAAGGUUUUAAGAAAUUAGCACCAUCAUCAACAAAAGUUUUAAGAGACGGUAAUUUAAUUGAAAUCGACUCAGAAGAUCUUGUAGUUGGUGAUAUUGUUAUUGUUAGAGCUGGUGAUAAAGUACCAGCAGAUUUAAGAGUUGUACUCUCACAUCAUUUCAAAGUAGAUAAUUCAUCAUUGACUGGUGAAACCGAACCACAAACUCGUAGCGUUACAUGUACAGAUGAAAAUCCAUUGGAAACUCAAAAUCUUGUUUUCUAUGGUACUCUUGCAUGUCAAGGUGAUUGUGUUGGUGUCGUUAUUGCAACUGGUGAUAGAACUGUUAUUGGUAAAAUCGCUACAUUAGCCUCAAAAUCAAAAGCUCAAUCAACUCCAAUGAAGGACGAAAUUGAAAACUUUAUCAAGAUUAUCUCUUUAGUUGCUUUUGGUUUAGGUGCUGUUUUCCUUGCAAUUGGUUUUGGUAGAAAGGUCGAAUGGAUUCUUGUUAUUAUUUAUACUAUUGGUAUUGUCGUCAGUCAAGUACCAGAGGCUUUGCUCCCAACACUCACUGUUACUCUCAAUCUUACUGCUAAAAGAAUGGCUAAAAAGAAUGUAUUGGUAAAGAAUCUUUUAACUGUAGAAACUUUAGGUUCAACUACUACAAUUGCUUCAGAUAAAACUGGUACUCUCACUCAAAAUAUUAUGACUGUAGUUCAUCUUUGGUAUGAUAACAGCAUUUACAGUUGCAACUCUUUAACUUCCAGUAAUUGUUUCAAUAGCCAAUCACCAACUUUCCAAAAACUUUAUCAAGUUGCUGCUCUUUGUAAUAGAACUGUUUUCGAUAAAUCUGAAGAUCAAGAAGAUAUUCCAAUUCAACACAGAAAGACUAUUGGUGAUGCUUCAGAAAGUGCUUUACUCAAAUUUACUCAUCAAGUUCAAAACGUCGAAGAAUAUCGUAAUCAAUAUCCAAAAUACUUUGAAAUUCCAUUUAACUCUGUAAACAAAUGGCAAAUGAGCGUUCAUACCGAAGGUGAUGAUGGUAAUUUCUUUUUAGUUAUGAAGGGUGCACCAGAACGUAUUAUCAACAUGUGUGAUCGUAUACUCAUCGAAGGUCAAGAGCAAACAUUAGACGAAAAAUAUUUAACAAGUUUCCAAACCUCAUACGAACAUUUAGCAGGUAAAGGUGAAAGAGCUCUUGGUUUAGCAUUCCUUCCAUUAGACCCAGAUCAAUAUCCAAAAGAUUAUAUUUUUGAUGCUGAGGAAAAGAAUUUCCCAACUUCCAAACUCAUUUUUGUAGGUUUAACAGCAUUAAUGGAUCCUCCACGUCCAGGUGUACCAGAAGCUAUCAAAACAUGUAAAGAAGCCGGUAUUAGAGUUAUGAUGGUAACUGGUGAUCAUCCUUUAACUGCAACUUCAAUCGCUAAACAAGUUGGUAUUAUCGAAACUGACGAAACACUUAAUGAUAUUGCAAAGAGAGAAGGUAUCGAAGUUUUAGACAUGGAUUUCUCACGUGGCUCAUCAAUUGUAAUUCCAGGUUCUCAAUUAGAUGAUUUAACUCAUGAACAUUGGGAUAAAAUUCUUUCACUCCGUCAAAUUGUAUUUGCUCGUACAUCACCAGAACAAAAACUUAUUAUUGUAGAGAAAUGUCAAAAGAGAGGUGAUAUUGUAGCUGUAACUGGUGAUGGUGUAAACGAUUCACCAGCACUUAAAAAAUCAGAUUUAGGUUGUGCUAUGGGUAUCACUGGUAGUGAUGUUGCUAAAGAAGCCGCCUCUGUCGUUUUAUUAGAUGAUAACUUUGCCUCAAUUGUUAAUGGUGUCGAAGAAGGUAGAAUUAUUUUCGAUAAAUUAAAGAAAUCCAUUGCUUAUACUCUUUCAUCCAAUAUUCCAGAAGCCAUUCCAUUCUUUUGUUUCUUUGUCCUUCAAAUGCCAGUUGCUCUUUCAGGUAUCUUAAUUCUUUGUAUUGAUUUAGGUACUGAUCUUAUCCCAGUAAUUUCUUAUGCCUAUGAAGAAAGUGAAACCGAUCUUAUGAAACGUAAACCAAGAAAUGUUAAAAAAGAUAAAUUAGUAUCUCUUAGAUUAGCUAUUUUCUCUUAUUUAUGGUUAGGUAUUAUUCAAUGUAGUGCUGGUCUCUUAAAUUACUUCAUCCUUUUCAAAGACUAUGGUUACUCUGCAUCCGAGUUAUUUAAUGUUUCAUCAACUUAUUUCAUCGAAAAAGCUGAAGAUUAUGGUGGUCAUGACUGGAGAAAACAAUUAGUAAUCCUCAAUGAAGCUCAAACUGCAUAUUUUGUUGCUAUUGUAAUCACUCGUAUUGGUGCUGCUCUCUCAUGUAAAACUCGUAUUGUUUCAAUUUUCCAACAGGGUUUUGGUAAUAUGGUUUUCAAUUUUGGUAUUUUUUCAAUGUUAGCAGUUGCUCUUUUCAUUGUUCACGUCCCAGGUGUAAGAGUAUUCUUUGGUUGCACUAUCAUUCCAUACAAGUUUUGGUUGAUCCCAAUCCCAUUUGCAGUAUUUUUAGUUUGCGCAAAUGAAUUAAGAUUAUAUUUAUUAAGAACUUAUCCAAAAUCCAAGUUUGCAAAAUAUGCUUGUUGGUAAUCAAUAAAAAAAAAAUGAAAAGAAAAUAAAAUAUUUAUUAAUUAAAAAAAAAUAUGCUACUGUACAUAAAAUAAUAUAAAUAAUAAUAAAAUAAUAAAUAUAAACAAUAUAGUAUAUAAUAUAUAAUUAUAUAAUAUAAUAAUAACUAAAAUCAAAUUAAAUAAUAUUAUUAUUCAUUGUAUGUAAUAAUAUAUAAUAUAAAUAAAAUACUAAAACAACUAUAUAGUUGUUUUGAUUUUUGCUAAAAUU